AAAGCAAUCGACCGGUAUUAUCUCAGGGAUUGAAUAAAUACUUUAUUGAUUUACCCGAUUAUUGGUAUUGGAUCUUAUGAAUGGCUUUAAUAACAAUAUCGAGGAUAACUGUAAAGAUGAUUUGGGCUUGUUAGUGUCCAAGCACUUCACUCCACUCCACUCCAGUCCAGUCCAGUCCAGUCCAGUCCAGUCGAAACCAAUCGAGUGGAGUCGAGUCGAAAUGCAGUCAAGUCUAUCCAAUGAUGAUGAAUUGUGUGAAUUUUACGCAUUAGUCGCUUCAUGGGCAAGCAAAAAGGACAAAUCCAAUAAAAGAGAAUACUGUCUGCUGCCUACAGCAAGUUUAGCUGCCACAUUGAAAAGCCGAUGGAGGAGAAUGGAACGGACGGAACUAGGAGUAGAUCGAUUGGCAGUCAUAUGCCAGUAAGCAGUUCUUUUCUUAGUCGCAGUAG